UUUUCCGUAAACAAACCAGAUAUCGGUUUAAAAUUCUACUUUCGGAAUUAUUCUGCUAAUUUUAUCUACUUUUGGCCAUAUUUUCAGUUUGAAAAUUAUUUCUUUUAGUUUAGAUUAACCAGGAUGAGUGAUUCCAAAAAGCGCAAAACGGAAAAUGAUGUGAGCAGCGCUUCUCCCUCCAAGCGGGCCAAGCUGGAGAGCAUCCUGCUGGAGGAUGACGACGACGAUGUGGCCGUGGUGGAUCGGUACCGGAAACCGGCUCCACCGAAUGCAGAAAUGCUUAAUCGUUCUAAGCAGUGCCCAUAUCUGGACACAAUCAACCGGCAUCUGUUGGAUUUCGAUUUCGAGAAGCUUUGCUCGGUGUCAUUGACCCGGAUCAAUGUGUACGCUUGUCUGGUAUGUGGCAAGUACUUUCAGGGACGGGGAACGAACACCCAUGCCUAUACGCAUUCGGUGGCCGAAUCGCAUCACGUGUAUUUGAAUUUGUCCACACUGAAGUUCUAUUGUUUGCCGGACAAUUACGAAAUUAUCGAUUCAUCGCUGGAUGACAUAAAAUAUGUGUUGAACCCGGUGUUUACGGCUAGAGCUAUUCGUAAUUUGGACAAGGAGGGUCAGAAAAUGUCCCGUACUGUUGAUGGUACCUUGUACAAUCCGGGAAUUGUUGGUAUGAAUAAUAUUAAAGCGAACGAUUAUUGCAAUGUUAUUUUGCAAUCUUUGAGUCACGUCAAACCUAUCCGGGAUUUCUUCCUGAUGGAGAAGAAUUACGCCAACAUAAAGCGCCCUCCGGGUGAUACGGCAUUCACUUUGGUACAGAGAUUCGGAGAAUUGUUACGUAAGCUUUGGAAUCCCAGAAAUUUCAAAGCCCAUGUUUCGCCUCACGAAAUGUUGCAGGCGGUUGUUUUGUGGAGUAAAAAGAAGUUUCAGAUCACUCAGCAGGGUGAUCCUAUUGAAUUCCUCUCAUGGUUUCUACACAGCUUGCACAAACAGCUUAGAGGGAACAAAGAACCGAACUCGUCGGUUAUCAAUCGAACAUUUCUGGGUGAAAUGAAGAUCUACACUCGCAAACUUCCGCCGACAGAGCUGGAUGAUGUUCAGAAACAACUCCUGUUGGCCACCGACGAAUACCAGGAGAAGGUAGAAACUUCCACGUUCCUGUACCUGACGUGUGAUCUGCCGGCCACUCCGCUUUUCAUAGACGAAUUCAGGGAGAAUAUCAUCCCACAGGUCAAUCUGUACCAGCUGCUAGCUAAGUUCAACUCAGUAUCCGAGAAGGAGUACAAGACUUAUAAGGAAAAUUUUAUGAAGCGAUUUGAAAUCACCAGAUUACCCAAAUUCGUCAUACUUUACAUUAAGCGGUUUACAAAAAAUACAUUCUUCCUCGAGAAGAACCCAACCAUCGUAAAUUUUCCUGUCAAAAACAUCGACCUGGGGGACAUACUAACAGAAGAAAACAAAAAGCUGCACCAGUUUACCAAGUACAACCUGGUGGCAAACAUCGUCCACGAUGGGGAACCCAAUUCCGGUACCUAUCGGUGUCACAUUCUGCAGAAGAACACCAACCAGUGGUACGAGAUGCAGGAUCUGCACGUGACCAACAUUCUACCGCAGAUGAUAACGCUGACCGAGGCAUACAUUCAGAUCUACGAGCAGCAGGAGGAGGACGAUGACCAGCCGGAAUUUGUGGCCCCAGCACCGGAACCGAUGCAGACCUAGCCAAUGGUGGGACUCUUCUUUGUUGACUAGUGUAUUCGGAUCGGAUAGAAAGUUAUCGUUUUUUUUUUCUCUUUGUCGUAAUAAGUUUGUAUGUGUUGAUUUGCGUACGCACAUUAAGUUUGAAUGAAUAACACUAAUCAAUAUCAUG